AUGCGCCUAGCUAUUCUAGCGCCUCCUUGGCUUCUCUUCAAUUGCUGUCUAGCCAAGCAGUCCGCUCAGAUCUUAGGCAGUCCAUUCUCUCUGGGAUCCUCCGGAUCAGCCAUUCAGCAUAAUCUGGACAGCAUCAUACCUGCCACCGAUCCCAACUCAGGCCGCGUGAAGUGCUGUCCCAUCGGUACUGAUUUCGACGGUAAGAGCUGUAUCAUCACCGGUCCCACAUGCCCUCCGGGAACGUACCGCAAGGGCAAGCACUGCCUUCACAACGCUCCUCCGGAAUGCGGUAACGGCUACGAGUACAGCGACGGCCAGUGCACCUCUCGGAAGCCGCCUGCCUGUGAUCACGGCACUGUUCUUGUUGGCAAGCACUGUGUUCAUGAGCGUGCCCCCGCCUGUGGCGAGGGGUUUCAGCUUCGUGGUGCCAUCUGCGAGUCCCUCAAGAAGCCUCAGUGUCUUGAGGGCGAUGUCGUUCAUGGAGCCAGCUGCGUGACGCCCGAAGGCCCAUCUUGUCCUAACGGAUCCAAAGUCGAAGGCGCUUCGUGUAUCUCCAAGAAGGACCCUCAAUGUCCACCGGGAGCCCGCUACGUGUCCUCGAGCCGGCAAUGUAUGUCAGAGAAGUCCCCUCAAUGCCCAGAUGGGGCAACUCUUGAGUUCGGCCAAUGCACCUCUUCUGAGGGGCCAAAGUGCCAAGGCGACUCGACCUUCGAUCCUGAACGUGGAUCAUGCACAGUGAGCAGCAAGCCUCAAUGCCCUGGCGAGACAACGCUCCAAGGACAAUCAUGUGUAGACGUUAGCGAAGCCAAAUGCCCCCCUAAAACAAAGAUCUCUACGGACAGAGCAUCGGGAAUUUCUCGCUGCUGUCCAGACGGCACGACUGUCUCAGGAGAUACCUGCAAGUCCACGACGACCACUGAGGACUGCCCAUCCGGUACAACAUACAAAGAUGGAGAGUGCAUCAAGUAUUCCAACCGUCAACCUUCGUGUCCGCGCGGUUGGAUGCUAGAAGCAGAUCAGUGCGUGAAGCGAGGAGUCCCAAAUUGCCCCAACAAUACCUAUCCGGAUGGUGAUACCUGUGUAUCCACCUUGGAAGCGCCCGGCUGCCCCGAGGGAUACCUGUACCACGACUCAAAAUGUAUUCUCCGAUCAAGUCCCACAUGCUCCGGGAAGACGAUUCUCGAGGGCGACAAAUGCGUCAGCUACGCCAAGCCAACGUGUGACGACCAGAGUGUGCCCGAGGAGUACUUCAUGAUGGUGCCUGCAUCAUUGGGAGCAAGCCCUCUUGUCCUGAAGGCACUGCUUUUGAUGGCGUCGGCUGUCUAUCCAUCAAGGACGCCCCAGUCUGCCCAUCUGGCUCAGUGCUCAACCAGGAAGGGCAAUGCGUCACGACUAUUCAAGCCACUUGUACACCACCGGCAGUCCACCGAGACGGCCGUUGCGUUCAUGGCCAACCUGCAUGCCAAGCUGGACGGCAAGACUAUGGUCAAAGGGACCUGCGUCUCGAUCGAGAAAGAAACAUGCAAGCCCGGUUAUGUUCUCAAGGAUGGGCAGUGCGUGUCAGCGUUGCCGCCUAGCUGUGGAGAGAAUCAAGUUUUCAACGGCACUGGCUGCAUGGGAGUCACGCCCGACUGUCCUGAGAAUACCUAUUUCGAGAACGGCGAGUGUGUUUCGAGCAACGACCCCAAGUGCGAUGCCAACUUUGUCUUUAAUGGCAAGAGUUGUGUUGCUGUCAAGGAGCCUACCUGUACCGAAGGUCACGUAUACAACGCCGUCACCGGAGAGUGUUUCGCCAAGGCUGUACCGGAGUGCCAGGAGGACGAGGUUCUUGAGGACGGACGUUGCAAGUUGGUGACUGCGCCGUGCGUCGAGUACAAGUUUUGCUUGGCUGGCGCACAAGGGCUUAUUUCUGGGUCUGGUGGCCCACGCAAACCAGCUGGCGACUCCAAAGACAAAUCUCAGAAGCCUUUGGCCGGGAAGCCUUCAUCCAGCGAAGACGUCAAGAAGGGAGCACCAGACGGUACGCAGGCCAGCAACCCUGUUGGUGACCAAGUCACCAAUGACGAAACACCCAAGCGCGAUACGCAGGCCGGCAAAGACAACAUCGAUCUGACAGACAAGGAGCAGCCAGGGACCUCUACAUCGCCAGGUGUAGAAACGAACUCCGGAAACGCGGGUACAGUUCCAGACCCGAAUAUCCAAGUACCCGAUCCUGCCACGAUAGCCAAGGACAGAUCUGGCGGAAUGGAGAAGGGCGCCGGACCGGACGGGUCCACUGGGCCUCAGCAUCCCCCAAGUUACGAGGGCGAGGCUAGCUAUUCUGGUCGCGGAUCUGGUUCAGGGGCUUCUAGCACAGCUCAAGACGGCGCUGGGGGUGAAAAGGGUGGCAGAUGGGUUGAGUAUGAAGAAGAGAUCCCUGAUCGAAGAAAACUCCGAAAAUGGAUUGCGGACGACGAUGCUGAUGCUAAUGGAGGCAUUCCAUCAAGCCAAGGCGGCACUGGCGGCCUUCCUUCUGGUGGUCUGCCUUCUGGUGGUCUGCCUUCUGGUGGUCUGCCUUCUAGUGGUCAAUGGAAGCUUGACGUCGACAUGGGGAGUCUUCCAGAUGGUACGGGAGGAAAUUUCCGAGCCGGCGGCGGUCAGACGCAGCCAGAUGGUCAACAAGUCCCAGCGGGACAAGCCAGCGAGGGCUCUCAGCUGUGGGGGCCGGGGAAAAUGAAAGGCGCCUUUGCGGAAUGGCAGAAAUCUGCAGAGGGCAUCCAGAAGCCAGCGGCAGAUAUUGCGGGUGAUUCUCAAAUGGGGAGUGGCGGAACCGGACAGAUUCCAUCUGGAGGAAGUUGGCAAUACAAAGGCGGUGGUGCUGCAGCUGGGUCAUACGGCAGCUGGAAGCCAACAGGAGAUGCCUCUAGCGAGUCUUACUACUCGAGGCUGAACAAAGGGAACUACGGUUCUUACCAAGGUGGAGGUAGAGUAGAGACAGGUUCCGGAGGCGGGCCGGCUGUAGAUGCCCCUGGUGAGUCUUACUAUUCGAGGCUGAAGAAAGGAGGUUACGGUUCAUGGCAAGGUGGAGGUGGAGCAGAGGCCGGUUCUGGAGGCACCCAAAGGCCGACUGGAGAUGCCUCUGGCGAGACUUACUAUUCGAGGUUGAAGAAGGGAAGUUACGGGUCUUACAAAGGUUGA